GCUUCGGGACUCCGACGCUGCUUCAUUUGUUCCGUUGCCCUCAGGGCUCAGGUGCCGUCGAUUCAGAGCCUGGGUUUCGCCUCGACUUCCUUUUACUCGACGUCGAUCUUAUACCGAUAGUAACCGAGCAUCUGGGAACAGUAGCUUCUCACUGUUGUUAAGAAAUGGCACUGUGGAGCAUAAAAGAUGCAUUUGACCAUCUUGCUGAGAGGCAGAAGUCCUCCUCCGCCAGAUCCCAAGAAGUAAUUGAUCAAGUUGGCCAGGAAAUUGAGCAGACAUUGGCAAGAAUCCAGUCUGUUAAUGAUCUCAUGUCUCCUGAUGAUAUGAAAUCUAUACUGGCUGAGCUAAAAGUCAAGCUUAAUAGCAUUGGUCCACUCCAACAGUUAGAACAGUUACAGAAGGAGCUAAUUAUGAGUCUCAGCAAGUAUUCUAAACUCCUUGAGAAUUCUUUCGCUGAUAUCUCCAAAGCAAAUAGAAAUGUUGACUUUGAUGUUCACACUGUAAAUCACAUCAUUGCAUACCAUUUUUACCGGCAAGGCAUGUUUGAUUUUGGAGAUUGUCUGAUAAAUGAAGCAGGGGAGCCAGAGGCAACUGGAAUAAGAUCUCACUUCUUUGAAAUGCAUCAGGUACUUAAUGGUUUGAGGGAUAGGAACCUUGAGCCUGCACUGAACUGGAUCACUGCCAAUCGGGAAAUACUCAAGCAAAAUGGUUCAACUCUUGAGCUGAAACUCCAUACUCUUCAGUUUGCAGAGAUUAUACGAAAAGGAAGUAAAAUUGAUGCGCUUGAUUAUGCCAAAACCUACCUUUCUCCCUUGGCUUCACUACACAUGAAAGCUAUCCAGCAGCUUAUGGUUUGCCUCUUAUAUGUAGAAAGGCUUGAUAGCUAUCCUUAUGCUGAGCUAAUAGCUCCAACCAAUUGGGAGAAAUUUACUGAGGAGCUGACCCAGCAGUUUUGCAGUCUCGUGGGACAGUCAAUUAGGAGCCCAUUUUCCGUGGUCAUGGCAGCUGGGAUUGAAGGGUUGCCUACAUUAUUGAAGCUGGCCACUGUCAUGGCUGCAAAGAAGCAGGAAUGGCAAGAAAUGAAACAGUUGCCUGUGCCAGUGGAAUUAGGAAGUGAAUUUCAGUUCCACUCUGUAUUUGUCUGUCCUGUGAGUAGAGAACAAGCUAGUGAAGAAAACCCACCAAUGCAGAUGCCUUGUCUACAUGUUCUCUGCAAGCAAUCAAUCAUGAAGUUAUCCAAAAACAGCUCUCGGACAUUCAAAUGUCCAUACUGUCCAACCGAGGCUUCUGCUGCACACUGCAGGCAACUAUACUUCUAAUAUAUGGAUUCCUUCCCAUAGAACAAGCAAGUGAUUCUGUGUCUAGAUUGUCCCCUUCUUCAAGCAUUUAUCAAUUAGAGUGUACAUAAAUAUUCUUUACACAUCCAUGGUUUAAUUUUAGAAUGAUCAGUCAGUUGCAUAUAAUCUUUAUAGUCAAAGUGCAGAUCU